ACGUCACUUCGAAAGCAGACGUACCAGCGAUCCUCAAAAAAAGCAAACGCACUCAAAUGUCUGCCCUCCGCUCUCUCCGCCAGCUGACCGCCUCGUCGAGCAGGACGCUCUCGACCCGCUCGCUGCUCUCCACCUCUGCGCGUUCGCGUCUCCCUGCAUUUGCGCUUUCGCGGACCGCCGCCGUCGCGCAACCUGCAGUCAGAGCGUUUUCAAUGAGCAUGAGGAGGCUUGGUGAAGGGUCUUCGGACCUCGCACUGUCGCAAAAGCUGGCGGAGGAGUUGCAGUAUGAGAAAGAGGCGUCGACAGACGCAGAGCCUGAUUUCUUGAAGGAUUUCAGGCAGUCGGGUAUCUGGACGAUCGAGGACGUGGUCGGCAAUGAUGAGGUUACUAUUCACCGCAAGUUUGGCAAUGAAGACAUUCGUUUGGUCUUCUCCAUCGCUGAUAUCCAAAAUCCCGAGGAGUCUGAGCUCGAGCAGGAGGAAUCCGAGGGCGAGUCGUCAGAAGAUGAGCUCUCGACGUCGUACCCUCUUCGCUGCUCGUUCUCUAUCUCGAAGCCCGGUAUAUCGGGCGCACUCACCAUCGACGCGAUGUGUCAGGAGGGAACGUUCCUCGUGGACAACAUCUCGUUCUAUAAGGAUAGUAAACUCGCGACUGAGCUGACUGCUGAAGCGGACUGGAAGCGCAGGGGACUCUACAUUGGGCCUCAGUUUGACACGCUUGAUGUUGCCGUGCAGGACGAGUUCGACAAGUUCCUUCAGGAGCGUGGUAUCAACGAGAGCCUUGCGUUCUUCGUUCCGGAGUACGCUGAGCACAAGGAGCAGAAGGAGUAUGUGAGGUGGCUGCAGAAUGUCAAGACGUUCAUUGACGCCUAAGUGUCACUAUUACUCUGUUACAUCAUAGGGUUGUUUCACCCCAUCUGACGCACCCCAUCCUGCCCCUACUAUCAAAAUGCACCUGCUGCUCGUUGCAUGCUUUUGCUAUAACUAGUCCCGUUAUAAUGUUUACCAUAGUCGCUGUCACCUCUCAUCACGUUUAUGACGCAUGAUUCGGAUGCCCUUGUUCGUACUGGGCUUAUGGACGUAGGGGACCCGAAUGUGACCCGGUGUGUCAACUAUGAUUGUGGCCCCACUGCAGGAUUGUGUUGAGAAAUCAGCUGCGACUUGGGCCG